AUGCCCACAUCACCCCGCCUCACAGCCAUCGUCGCAGCAACGGUAGAGGGCGGUAUCGGACGCGACGGCGGCUUGCCGUGGCGUCUCCCCGGUGAGAUGAAGUACUUUGCACGAGUCACCACUGGCGAAGCAUCGACGCUGCCCACCGGAUCCCGCAACGCAGUCAUCAUGGGGCGCAAGACGUGGGACGGUAUUCCGCCCAAGUUCCGUCCCUUGAAGGACCGGCACAACCUCGUCGUGUCGCGCGCCGGCGUCGACGUCAGCAACAACACCAACACGACGGCCCACGGCUCGCUCGAGGACGCAAUCACGCUUCUGCCCGAGUCGACACACCGCGCGUUCCUCAUUGGCGGCGCCCAGCUGUACGACCAGGCUCUGCCCCGUUACUGUGACCGCGUGCUGCUCACGCGUGUGUUGGACAAGAUUGAGUGCGAUGCCUUUUUGGCCGACUUCACGUCGGACAAGAGCUGGAGGCAGGCCAGUCACAAGGACCUGUGUGAGUGGGUUGGGUGGGAGGUGCCCGAGGGCGAGGUGGAAGAGAAGGGCACAAAGUAUAGGUUUGAGAUGUGGGUGCGGGACUUGUAG